UCCAAACGAAUCACAACCUCCACCUCCAUUUCCAUCACCACCAUGUCGCCGCCUCCCUCCUCCCUCCUCCCCUCCCCGCUCCCAUCUCCGCCCAUCCUCCUCUCCACCAACCCCUCCUCCCUGCGCCUCCCGCCGCUCGCCGCCGGGAGGCGCGGGGCCGAGCGGGCCGUGGCUGCGGCGGCGGCGUCCGCGCCCGCGCCCGCGACGCCCGUGCAGGCGCAGCAGCGGGCGUCCCGGCCGUCGGCGGCCGAGGUGGCGCGGACGGUGGUGGAGCUUGCGCCGUCGGGGACGCUCUCCGUGGUCGGCCCCGACGGCUGGCCGCUCGGCGUCGGCGCCCGCUUCGUCGCCGACGGCUCCGGCGCGCCCGCUCUGUGCCUCGCCGCCUCCGGGCCCGCCGCCGCCGCGCCCGAUGCGCCGUCCAGCUUCCACGUCGAGUUUCGUCAGAGUGGGGCCAGGACACCUCAAUGUACUUUGCUUGGUGCUUUGACUAAACCUAACGAUGAAUAUGAAUUAAAGAAGCUUUCUACUAGGUGGCAAAAGAAAUUUGGCGAGGAGAUAGAUCAAGAUCUUUUGUAUUUGAUAUCAGUAGACAGAAUCUUGCACAUUGAAGAUUUCAAUGAGGAUGGCAUGUGGGUAAUUCCAUCAGAAUACAGUGAUGCAGAACCUGACCCUCUUCGAAAUUUUGCGGAAAGCAUUGUUGAGGAAAUGAACAGCAAACAUGCUGAAGAUGUACAUAGGAUAUACAGUAUUUAUGUUGAAUCAGAUUUCCAGGCGACAGAGGUGAAGAUGAUUUGGGUAGACAGGUUGGGUUUUGACUUGCAUGUUCAUUCCGGGGAAAGUACCUUUGCUGCCCGGAUCCCUUUCACGAGAGAGGUCUCUGAUGAGAAGGGAGUGAAAUCAUCAUUCAACAUGAUGUCUCAUCAUGCGUGGGAAGUAGAGAAGAGUUAUGCGGCCCCAGAGUUUGAGAAGGUAGAGCUCUUGAAGAAAGUCAGAUAGGUACUGUGAUUUCUAUGGUGCCGCCUUACCCUGCAUCCGUUGUCAGUAUUUUGUCAUUCAUACGAGUAUAGCGCAACUUUUGUCGCAUUAAAUGUAUUGUGUGUACCUCCAUUUUUUGCCAUAUGUGCUAUAGGUUAGUCGUUCUUUUGUGGAGAGCUAUGAAUCUAGACUGUAAGGUUGGAACUUUAGCUGUGGCUUCUUCAUGAGAUGAGAUUGAGAUAAUUAAAUCAUGUUUAUACGAUCUUCAGUUGUAACAUGCAACGUUCUACGUAGUCAGAAUUGCAGUGGAGUACUGGCUUUAUGCCCCAAGUAUAGAGCACUUUUGAUGUAACUAGGAAGAUAGCCCGCGCACAUGCGCGGGCAUCUUAUCUGAUGUUGUUUUAAAUUGUGUUAAGAAUGUUUUAUGUGGGUGACUUUUCUUAAAA